AUGCCGCUGCCCACCACUGGCGACUAUGCACUUUCUGCCCAAGAUGUCGUGUCGUUCGCCUUUGGCAAGCCGGACUACGACCUCGACCGUCCCGUCUUCAUCGACGCCACCGAUCCUUCGCACUCGCUGUCCUACCGUCAAGCCAAAGAUCUAGUCCAGAAACUGAUCGCCGGCUUCCACGCGGAGGGGCUGAACGUCGGCGACCGGGUCUGCAUCCACGCCUACAAUUCAAUCUAUUACCCCAUCAUAUGUCUGGCGAUUGUGGGAUGUGGCGGCGUGUCCGUGGGGACGAAUCCCACGUACACCUCCCACGAGCUCGCCCACGCGCUGAAACUCGCCCGGCCCAGGUUCGUGGUGACCGAGUCGGAAGCGGCACCCAGUUUGCAGAAAGCCUUGUCAUCCACAGGGCGCAGUAAGACGACGCCGGUAUUCUUGCUUAAUGCUCCGGCCGGGAUAGGGGGGGACAACGGGGGACAGCACUCACCUCGAAGCUGGCAGACUUUGCUGAACCACGGUUCACGACCCUGGAAGACGUUCCAAGACAGGACGACCGCCAUCGAGACGACGGCAUGUCUCUUCUACACCUCAGGAACGACCGGGCAGCCUAAGUGCGCCAUGACCUCGCACCACAACCUGGUAGCCGAGCAUCAGCUCUUCUACGAAAGAAACCCCCGACGUUACCCGUUUCGAGCCGUCCUGUCGAUGCCCUUUUUCCACAUCGGCGUCCUCCCCACCGUACUGAUCUCACAGCUCCGCGAGGGCCGUCACUGCUACAUCAUGCGUCGGUUCGAGCUCGAGCCGUUCCUCGCGUACCACGCCCGAUACGACGUGACCGAGGCAUUUUUAGUGCCGCCGAUGAUUCUGCGGAUCGUGAUGAGUGGCCUCUCGGAUCCGGCCUCGCCAAAUUAUAAAUAUAGUCUGCGCUCGGUCAAGAAUGGGUAUUCCGGCGCGGCGCCUUGUUCACCCGAGGUGUUGAAACGAUUUCAAUCACUGCUCGCUAAGGGUGCCACCAUGUCGCAGAUCUGGGGUAUGACCGAAACGACGAGUGUGGCUACCACCGUGCCGUCGGAUCUGUUAAGCGCCGCGGCGGCGGGCCAGAUUGACGUCGCGGGCACCGUCGGCACCGCCCUUCCCACUCUCACAUUAAAGCUGGUGGAUGAACAGGGCGAGGACGUCAGCAACGGUGGCCGGGGCCAGUUAUGCGUCAAGGGUCCCACGGUCACCCAGGGGUAUUUCGAGAACGAGAAUGCCACCCGCGAGAGCUUCGACUCGGACGGCUACUUCCACACCGGAGAUGUAAUCGAGGUUGAUGUCAAGUCGGGCUUGCUCUCCGUCGUGGACCGAGCCAAGGAGUUGAUCAAGGUCCGAGGGUUUCAGGUAGCCCCUGCCGAGCUGGAAAGUACCCUCCUCUCGCACCCGAACAUUGUAGAUGCCGGCGUGGUGGGAGUGAAGCUGUCCGACGAAAAUCAAGAAGAAGAAGUGCCGCGGGCGUAUGUGGUCCGACGAGAUGGAGUAGAUGCCGCACAGAUGUUGACCGAAGAAGACGUUCAAGCCUUCGUCCGCGCACGGCUGGCAAGUUACAAAGCGUUGGCCGGCGGCGUCCAGUUCGUGGACGCCUUGCCCAAGUUGGCCAACGGCAAAAUUCUCCGAAGAGUCUUGAGAGAAUGGGAGGCGGCGACUCGAAGAGCGGCGACCUCGUCGAAAUUAUAG